AUGUCACUACCAAGAGAAACAAUACUAGAAGCACUAGAUGAUAAACAAAUAGAAUCAUCAAAUAUAAAUGAAGAAUUAUUAAUGAUGAUAAGAGAUGAAUUCAAAACACAAGUUGAUUUGAAAUUAUUAACAAAUUUUAGUAAAUUCAUAUUCAUAGUUAAAAAAUCAUAUCUCAUAGUACCUAUUUUAAAUUUAUAUACUGUUGAUUAUCCUAUAAUUAAUUCAAAUGAAGUUAUCGAAUUUGAAGAUUUUUUACAGUAUUAUAAAUAUACUGCGUUCAACUUAACUCAAUUAAUAUUAGAUGAUUCAACUUUCAAAUCACAAGCUAGUUUAUUCAACAAGAUCUAUUACAAAUUAAUAGGUGGAAACGAACCAACCAAAAACGAUGAUAGUCAACCAGGUACUUCAACUUCAAAUGAACCUACUACAACUACAACCACAAUUAAUGAAGAUUUAAUUAACAACCAAACAUAUCAAGCAUUAGCUAAAUCAGUUAAAGAUUUAAGUAAUAGAAAGCCAAAACCACAACAAGUCUCACAAGAUACAAAAAUUAAAAUUAAAUAUAAAAACCUUUACUUAAAAUUAACUAAAUUAUUUGAAAAUUCAGGACUAAAUAAUUUCCCAUUAGAAUUUUUACAAUCAUCUUUUAAUUUAUCUAAAGAUGUACCACAACUAAAAGAUGAAAUUAAUUUAAUAUUUGCUGGUCAAAAUAAAAUUAAUUUUGAAAUUACUGAUGAAAAUGUUUUAAUUUUAAGUCAUAAUGUUGAAUUAAGAAGUUUUGAUGAUUUAUUGAAAACUCAAUUGGAAAUUGCUAAAUUAAACCAAGCUUUGAAAGAUAUUUUAGUUUAG